CCAGCGUGUUCCUCGGAUGCCGGUUCUCUAUCAGCUGCCGCUGCUGCUGUUGUUGUUGUUGUUGCUAUGGCCCAGUGGGAGAUUGGCGGAGAGAGUCAGCCAAACCGAGUCAGCCACCGAUCUUCAAGUCGGCUGGGGCAAAGUGAGGAUCGUUUCCGACGUACAUGUGGUAAGCGGCAGGUGCGAAGCCGUGCGAAGGAAUGACUGUGUAUCUGUGUCCGUGACACUGUCUCAACGACACACUCCGACAGGGCAAUUGCCGGAUGUCUGACGAGUGCUUGCACAAGCUGAAAUCGUUUCUUCGAGCCACCGUGACUCCGGGCAACCCUUACAGUGCCAAUGUGAAGGCACUUGUACUCCUGUAAGCUGUGUGUGGGUGUAUGUUCGAUAAAGGAGAAAACGCCACGUCAUGCGUGGCUCGUUGGUAUGUGCAGCGGGGACAUAUUCGAGACAUGGUCUUACAGAGAAAGGGAUGUCGACAUAAUCAUGUACUACGUGCGUACUAUGUAG